AUGGCAUACCUUUCUUAUUUCUUACAUGUAACGGCAAUAUUGCUGUUAUGGUCUCCAACACUUUCACUGGCCACAAACGAUAUUGAUCGUCUUGCACUUCUGGCCAUAAAGUCGAGCAUCAUUCAUGACCCCCAACAUGUUCUUGACUCAUGGAACACCUCCUUGCAUUUCUGUCAAUGGCAAGGUGUUACAUGUGGUCGUCGGCAUCGUAGAGUCACCAGAUUAGUCCUUGGGUCUCGAGGCUUUGCUGGUUCCGUGUCCCCUCAUAUUGGAAACUUAAGUUUUCUCAGAGUGUUAAAUCUAACGAAUAACACCUUUAAAGGUGUAAUCCCACAUAAUUUAGGAAAUCUGUUUAGGUUGGAGGAACUAUAUCUCAACAGCAAUGCUUUUGAAGGUGAAGUUCCAGUCAGUUUAUCAAACUGUACAAGGCUAACCAUUCUACAGUUUGGUAGGAACAAUCUGACUGGCAAGCUUCCACAACAGCUUAGUGCACUGGUGAACCUGAUGGUGUUAGCCAUUCAUAAUAAUGGUUUUACAGGAGGGAUACCGUCUUACUUUGGAAACUUCACUUUUCUUAAUGGCUUAUAUGCCACCUACAAUUAUCUAGGCGGAAGCAUUCCUCACACUUUAGGUCGAUUGUACAACUUGCAAGUAUUUGCUUUUGGUUCUAACCUUCUAUCUGGUACGAUCCCUCCAUCAUUAUAUAAUUUAACGUCUUUAAAAGAUCUUGACGUAGCCAAUAAUUCAAUUAGUGGAAGCUUACCAAAAGAUAUAGGCUUACAGCUACCCAAUCUUGAGCUUUUUUAUAUAUGGCAUAACAAAUUUACUGGUAGCAUACCCUUCUCAUUUUCUAAUUGUUCAAACUUGUUUAGACUUGAGUUGAAUAACAAUGGUUUUACUGGGAAGGUUAACAUAGAUUUUAGACGCAUGUCAAAUCUUUAG